GUGAUACAAUCACAUGAUAGCCAAACUUUGGUCUGCACCAUUAAUGGGAUUUUCCUUUUAAUGCAGCUGCAUGUUGAGGGAAGUUUUUACCUUUAGUUAGGCUGAUGGUUUCACCAGACUGUUGAAGGUUUCUCUGUUCUUUUAGCACCAGAGUUCAUUCUGACAGGGAGGUAAACAGAGAAUCUCCUCUGGUUAUCAUGCUUGCAGUAUUUGUCUCCAUCCUGGCUCUGGCUUCACAGACAGAAGCUCGGUACACCCCAGACUGGAAGAGUUUGGACGCCAGACCUCUGCCUUCAUGGUACGACGAAGCCAAGGUUGGGAUUUUCAUCCACUGGGGUGUGUUUUCCGUGCCUGGGUUUGGGAGCGAGUGGUUCUGGUGGCACUGGCAGGGUCAGCAGCCCCCAGACUCUAAAUGUGUAAAGUUCAUGACGAAGAACUACCCUCCGGGGUUCAGCUACCCGGAGUUUGCCCCCCAGUUUCACGCAGAAUUCUUCAACCCGGGGGACUGGGCUGACAUUUUCAAGGCUUCUGGUGCCAAGUAUGUCGUCCUCACCGCUAAACACCAUGAAGGAUUUACUAACUGGCCCUCUCCAAACUCCUGGAACUGGAACUCGGUGGAUACUGGUCCUCACAGGGACCUGGUGGGAGACCUGGGGGAGGCGGUGCGCAACAGAUCACUGCACUACGGACUCUACAACUCCCUGUAUGAGUGGUUCCACCCUCUGUAUCUGAUGGACAAGAAGCACAGAUUCAAAACCCAGGAGUUUGUGAUGCACAAACUCCUCCCAGAGCUCUAUAACAUGGUUGUCAGGUAUAAGCCUGACGUCAUCUGGUCUGAUGGCGACUGGGAAGCACCAGACACAUACUGGAACUCAACGCAGUUUCUUGCCUGGCUCUACAACGACAGCCCUGUCAAAGACAGAGUUGUGACCAAUGACCGGUGGGGCGCUGGCUGUGCCUGUAAACAUGGAGGCUACUACAACUGUGAAGACAAGUUCACUCCCGGCAAGCUGCCCAAGCACAAAUGGGAGAAGUGCACCUCUGUGGACACGUUUUCCUGGGGUUACCGUAGAAACAUGAAGUUGAAUGAACUGAUGGACCUGCCAGCCAUCAUCGAGGAUCUAGUUCGCACUGUGGCUCUAGGAGGAAACUACCUCCUGAAUGUAGGUCCAACACCUGAUGGGAUGAUACCUGCUGUGUUUGAGGAGAGGCUGAGGGGCGUUGGAGCCUGGCUCAGGAUCAACGGUGAGGCUAUCUACGCCUCCAAACCCUGGAGGAUCCAGGUUGAGAACACGACUGUCCCAUUCUGGUAUACAUCUAAAGGAAGCACAGUCUACGCCAUCAUGACAACUAAACCUCCGAAGCCUACAGUGCAACUUCUAGAACCCAGGACAACACCAACCACUACAGUGACCUUGUUGGGUUUUCCAAAGCCUUUACCGUGGUCUCCAGUCAACCCUAAUGCUGGUCUCACCAUCUUCCUGCCUGAGCUGCCGUUCUCCCGUGGUCAAGCCUGGACUCUCAGACUGGAUGGCGUCCAGUGAGCCUUAAACUCCUUAAAUAUUCAACCUUCACCUGAUUAUUGGGAAUGAGUUAAAACCCAGGAUUAUAUGACGGCUGAAGAAUAAGGAGAAACUUUUGCACUUUGAUUGUAAAGCCAGCUCUUGUGUAAUGGAUUAGUAUUUUUUUGCCGAAAUGAAAGAAUUAAUCUUUUUUAUUUGAUGAUUCUUUUGUAGAUCUGAGGACUGAAACUUUUAACAUUUCGCUCGCUCUUAGCUGUGAAUGAUUACAUUUCUGUGUUUUGUUAAAAAUGAAGAAUAAUUUACAAGGCACUUUUUUAUAUUUUUAUACAGAAUGCUUUUGAAAUGACUGAUUAAACGUGAUUUAAUUUGUCUGA